AAAAAAGUGUUAAGUAAAUAAAAGCUGAAGUAAACUCAACUUUUUAUCAUGGAUCAUCCAAAUCUUCCCUUUGGCUUUGCCUUACCGGGCCACUCACACAUGCAAAUACCACCAACACCAAAUCUAAUGUCGACCCAUCCCGGUCCAACAGCCAGUCCACCACAGAGUGUACCCGGCAGGCGUACACCGCUUGGCGCUGUAGGACUCGGAGGAUUCUAUGCGCAAAGUAUGGGCAUGUCACAGCAGGGAGCCAUGCCGACAGAUGAGAACAAGCCCAGCCCAAGUGCACUGUCUGCAGGUGGUGGUGGUGGCGGCGGCGGCGGCGGAGUUAUGGGACAUGCACGCAAAUCACCACCACAAUCAUUGUCUGGUGGCACAACAACCGUUGCACCCGGCAGUGGAUCUAGUGGCGGUGGUAGUGGUGGUGGCAAACAGAAGAACCGGCAAGCGAAGACAGUACGACUGAAUAUAAAUGCCAGAGAACGACGACGAAUGCACGAUCUGAACGAUGCUUUGGAUGAGUUACGCAGCGUUAUACCCUACGCACAUUCGCCUUCCGUGCGGAAGCUCUCGAAGAUUGCCACAUUGCUGUUGGCUAAAAAUUAUAUACUAAUGCAACAGAAUGCCUUGGAUGAAUUGAGACGACUCUUGGCCUACAUUCAGAGCACAAGUGGCGCAGCACCGCUAGACUUGGGCUCAUUUCCUGCCGCUGCAAAACUUCAGGCGCUCUUACAGGGCCCACACAACGAGCCGCCGAGCAGUAGUUAAAAACGAAAUUUCUAUCGCUUUGAGAGCAAGAGAUAAGUGCAUCGGCGCCAAGGAAUCAAUCGGUGUUAUUAAUAUUAUUGAACUUCCGAUUAUUUUCGCAGCUCAGAGCGGAUUUGAUUGAUAAGUGUGCAAACUAUAAUUAUUUAUUUUAUAUAAAAACAAGUACGGAGCGAAAAGCAAUUUGAAACAAACUCAUUUCUAUAAAUGCGUACAUACAUACAUAUAUAAGUCCGUAUCAACACUAGUCAUCACAUAGCUAUGGAUACCAAAAAAUUGUUAAGUGAUAUUUUUUAUUUGUAUUUAGAAAUUAAAAAAAAAAAAAAAAAGAAUUUACAAUUCGAAUUCUUCGUUUUAAGAAACUCGAAUUACGUAA